CAGGAAUCGGUCUUAUAAUUUUCCAACCACACGGCGAGGCUCGUGGUACCACCGUUAGUGUAAUUAAAACGUAAAAGUUACGGAUUCAUCUGGCUAAACUGUGAUACAGAGACGAGUCAAAGUUCUUUAAAUACCAUCGAAGAAAAAAGUACGCGUUUGAGCUGUGUCCAAACGGUCAGGAUAAUGGACGGCCAAGUGACAAUAGUUACCAACCCCACUGUGAAUGUGCGCCUAACAAGCACCAUCAUCUCCUUUGAGACGCAGCGCAGGUUCAAUAGAGGGAUUAGUGUUGCAGAGCUGAAGGGAAAGUUGGAGAUGGUUGUGGGCACACCAUCCUCCUGCAUGGACCUGGAGUUAUACAGUGUCUCUGACAAGUUCAUGCAGAAAAUAGACGACAAUGACGCUUUGCUGGGUUCCUAUCCUGUGGAUGAUGACUGCAGAAUACAUGUCAUUGAUAGAAGUGGAGGUCAGAUGGGUGAAUUCACUGAUGUUUCCAAAGUGGAGAAGUUUGAACUCUCAGAUGAGGCAUAUGAUAAGAAAACAGACUCAGCAAGGUCAUUCAUGAAGAAACAACGUGUUGGCCGCUUCAAUGAGGAAGAAGUGGCCAAGAAGAAAGCUGAUCUCGCUGCUCGGGAGGAGGAACAGAAGGCUGCUGCUGAUGCCAUUUCUGUUGGCAGCCGAUGCCAAGUGCAUGUCCCUGGGCAGCCCACGAAGGUUGGCACAGUCAUGUAUGUUGGCACAGCAGAUUUCAAGCCAGGCUUUUGGGUGGGUGUGAAGUAUGACGAGCCCCUGGGAAAGCACGAUGGAAUUGUUGAAGGGAAGCGAUACUUUGAUUGUGAGAACAAAUAUGGUGCAUUUGUGAAGCCCCUGAGUGUGACUGUGGGAGACUUCCCUGAGGAGGAUUAUGGUUUAGAUGAGAUGUAGGACUGUGUGAUUUGUAGUUUUUCUGCCCUGAAAUUUCCAUUCACCAACCUGGAGAUAACAGAGUCAUAUAUAUUGUACCGAAUGUCUUUUUUUGUUUGUUUGUUUCGUGCUUCUCUGGAAGGCAUGAUCAAAAGGCAUUUCAGCCUCAGUAACUUCAAUGCAACUUGACAGAGGUGACUGUCAGGUAGUAGUCUCUUGGUGAACUGGAUAUGAUAAGAACACAGCAUAAUCACAGGAGUAGCUCACACCAACAAGGUUUGAUAAAGGAGAGUAUUUGUUCAUGUGAGGCGGCAUAAUGAAGGUUAAUAUGUAGUUCUUCACUUCAUGCACUUGCUUUACUAGUACUUGUUGCUCCCAUGCUUUCUCAAGGUGGGUCUUCAAUGUCAUCCGACAUUCUUGACAGUUUGGAUACCAACUAUUGUGUAAAAAGAUGAUUGUAUAUAAAUGUCUAUAGUGAACUGUAGUCUUAGCAUUUGUUGAAGACUGUAAAUUGCUGAGAGAGUGGUCCAAGGAUUGGAAAACUGUUUGCUGAAGGAAAAAUUUACCCUAAAAUACUUUGACACUAAAAUCAAAAGUGUAAUUGUUGCUUGUAGCCCUGACUAAUACAAUGUCCAGUCAUUUACUUAAAUCAGCGUUCAAUGGUCAAAGUCAUUCCACCAUUUUUCACGAACAAUUGACAAGAACUUCACAGUUCAAGGACAGUUCAAGGACAAACUCCCCAAAUCCCCACCAACAGUAGCCUGAAUAGUCCAUAAUGAAACACAGCUGUAAGCGGAAGCGGAAGCUCUUGUUCCUAUUUGCUAUAUUUGCAGUUAUUGCCAUUUACAGAGGUGUACGAUGCCAAAAUAUGAGCAUUAAAGUAUGCGAGGGUAUAUAUUUCCUUUCUAAACAACUUAUAAUUCCUUAAAUUUCAUUAUUCGUUUGUAUGUGGUAUGUAAAACAGCCCCAUUUUUAGGCUUCCGAGUGGAUAUAAGAUGUAAUUCCCCUUUAUUUUUCUGACUGAAUUCCUCUUGUUUCUGCACUUUAAUGUAUCCUGCUUAUAUUGAACCACUGAAAUAAAAAAAAAUAUUGUUUCAAGAUAAAAAUUUGAUUUAUUUUUGUUUAAUUUAAAUGCGAUCUAUCAGAUCAAAUUUAUCUACUUAAUUUCAGAUAAGCUUUCCUGUAUACAAAUGGGAUGACAUCAUCCAAAAAUAAAUCCAAUAUCUAUGGAGAGUGUAUUCUGUAAAAUCCCCGUUACAUUCUCUCAAAAAUAUUUUAAUUGGAUGCUGAAUCAUGUUUUAGUCCUUAGAUGUUUCUCAGAGAACUCAACCUGAACUGUUUGAUUUGAAAGUGUAUCAAAAAUUCAAAUAGCAUUCAAAUUCAAGUCAUACCCAACAGACAUUUCUUUUUUUAAUUCCUGAAGUUCUAUAUAAGCAUGGCACAUUGAAUUUCAUGCUGUGUCAAACAGUAUAAUCCCUCAGCACUAGUAUUACACAGCUUUUUGUUCAAGUGGGCUUAAGUAAUAGGUCAUUUAGUGGAGAUGUAUAAGUAUAAAGUAACUCCAUGAGACUUACAAUGUACUAUUAGAUGCAUAUUUUUUAUUGAAUACCAUUGAUACCAGGUUGGCCAUCAGCGUAAUAUUUCAAAACACAAGGAACAGCGAAACCUAUGAAACUGAUUGUAUGUAUUUGCCGCUCCUGUGUCUGUGCAUCAUCUUGUGUUCAGUCUCUGAACUAUCUGACAGUGGACAGGUACAUCAGUCACACUUCAGUUAACUGCCUCUCUGUCCAUUACAAUCACCACAACACUUUUGAUAAUGCAUUUCAAAUUAUGAAUGAUAUGCCUUAUUUAUGAUUCCUUAUGUGUUACUGGUUCAAAACUGUCUAUCUAUAUGCUCUAUAUCCUUUUUUUGUCCUCUAAAUCAGAACAGAGGAAAUGUAAAUUAAUUAUUUUUGUGGUUUCUUUUCAAUGAAAUGUCAUAGCCACAUAUACAAACAUGGAGUAUUGUUCUCUUUUCAUCUUUUAAAACCUGUUAAUUUCUAAGGUGCUGAUUCACUAUGUGCCAAAGGGUAAUGCAUAAUUAUAAAAAAUAAUUUGCCAGUAUAGUAGCUAAUUAAAUAGAGUGGAUUUGUCAGUAUGUGUAAUGUAACAUGAACUAUUUACACUCUGCCUGAAACUUAAAUUUAUUGCAAUUAACAUUUCUCCUCAAUUUAACUUAUUGUAUAUAUAAAAGUAAUUCUGUUUUACCAUUUUCUCCAAUUUUACUGUUACUUCUGUCUACCUGUAUCCAUUGCAUGUCUGUCCAUCCUGAUAGUGGGAUCACUCAGCUCUUUUUUUCCUCAUCUGAAUUCAGGAUCUAAGGAUAGAGGGUGUGAUAUGUUGUACAGAUUAUAAAACCCUCUGAAGCAAAUUUGUGAUUUGGGUCUGUAUGAAUAAAAUUGACAUGCAACAAUGAA